GCACAUGAACAGUAAGCAACAAAUAAAAAAAUAACAUAAAACUAAAGAAAUGGGUGAACUUCCAAGGUUCAUAGUGCUGGGUAGACCAACAGGAGGAGUAACUUACUUGCGGUAUGUGGUUGAAAGAGGAGCACAACAUAGGAGGCUACAUCUCUCGAGUCCGGAGGUAAUUAGCGAACGGAAUUUUACCAAGUUAGAAGUGGUUAGGGCACCACCAACUAUUGGGCGGGACAUGGUACACAUAAGAAGCUGCUACAACAACAAGUUCCUUGUGCUGGAGUCCGAGGGAAGUAAUGUUUUUGUGGCCGAAGCAGACGAGCCGGAGGUAGACCGUUCCAUAUGGUCAUGCACAUUGUUUAGGGUUACUUACGUCAACAAUCGCCUAAGCCUUUUGCUCCAAUCCUCAAAUGCUCAGCAUAGUGUUCAAGUCCUUUCAAAUAGUUCCCUUGGCAUUGCAGUUCGAAACUCACCAUUUGCAUACUGGUUCGACGUUACAAACAUGAGCACUUUGGCAAUCUUGCCUGAGUACAUAGCAUUCAAAGGGGACAACAACAGGUACUUGAACUCACGCCAUAUCCGGACCCAAAAUAGGCUCAAGUACGAAUCCACCAACCUAUUGGAUACCGGGGUGCACCACCAGACUCAAACCCUACGAAACGGCAACGUCCGUUUCAGGUCCAUCCAUUUCGGUAGAUUCUGGAGGAAGUCGAACCCGGAAUGGAUAUUUGGUGACUCCGAUGAUAGAACAGGCAGUGAUAUAAACACAGUUUUCCGCCCAAUAAAGUUAGAUGGUAAUAAAAUUUCUCUCCUUAAUCUUGGUAACAAUAGGUACUGUAUGAGGAGGGUCCAAGGCGGCCAACCUAAACUGGUCGAUACCCUAACUGCAUCCUCCUCAACCGUGGGCCCGUUGACGGUGAUGGAGGUGGAGGAGGCGGUUCGACAACGAGAGAUUUACAACAUCCAUUACAACAUGGAUGAAUCUCGUGUCUACAAUGUUGCACCGUUCGAAAGCGGGAAUGUAACACAGGACACGUACAACCUUACACCACUACCCGUUGUUAAGAGGGUUGGUUUUAAAUACACACAGGUAACAAGAGAGACUUUUAACUCGUCUCAUUCUUGGAAAGUGGCUUAUAAUUCAAAGAUAAAGGUUACGGUGAUUCCCAAGUUUGUAGAAGGUGAGGCUACAUUAGAGGCAUCGUAUGAUGGAAAAGUAGAGUGGUCAGAGUUGAAUGAAACAAUUAUAACACAAACUAAGGACUUGUUUAUCCCUGUACCACCCAUGACUAAAAGUAUAGUGACUUUGAUCCUAGGAAGGGGGUCCGUUGACGUCCCGUUCUCCUACGAACAACGUGACAUCCUUCCUAACGGUAGAGAAGUUCACAAACACAUGGAGGACGGCCUUUUUAGUGGUCUUAAUACCGAGGUUUUUACCCAUACAGUUAGAGAAAUAAGCCUCUCUACUUUGUCGGAGUCGGAGUUGGAAGAGGCGAGAAGGUUGUCGGUGGUGGACGAAGAGGCGGCGGCACCAGCCUUGUCGUCGAAGCUUUGAUGGAUACAAGCUAGCUAGAUAGCAACUCUUUGCUUGAUCGAGAUGCUAGUCAAAAUGUUGUUUUACCCAACAAUGUCCCAAGUAAAAUUUCCUUUUUUUUCAAUAAUGUAGUAAUGCAUGUGCUGCUUACUACACUACGCGUAAAAGUACAGGAAAGUAUUAGGAGACCCUCCUCACGAGGGAAGCUUUUAGCGCAAAUGGUGUACUUUGUAUGUGAUUUUUUAUAUUACUGUAUGCUUGUAUGAAUGUUGUACGUACCCAGCUUGUUUCGAUGGUACAAUUUAAUCUAUGUUGCUUUAAUUUGAUUGAACUAUUCACCUA